CACAAAAUGCUGGAGGGUCUCAGCAAGUCAGGCAGCAUCUAUGGAGGGAAAUGAACAGUCGACGUUUCGGGCCAAGACCCUUCAUGAUUAGGGUUGUCAAUCGAUUGGCCUUAACCUCUGACCGGUCUUCGCCGCAGCCUCGCCGCUCCUCUAGUAAGAUGGCGGCGGAGAGCAUGUCGGUGGCCGGGGGGAGCGGCGGAAACAAGAGGCCGACUCCGGCCUCGGCCCCCGAGCUGCAGGAGCAGCUUCCCAUCUUUGAAAGCCAAGCACUUGAUGAGGAUGCAGGUGACCUGACAGACAGUGAGGAGAGCCUUUUCUCUGGUUUGGAGGAUUCAGGGAGUGACAGCAGUGACGAGGGAGAUGAUGAUGACCAUGAGGCGGGAGAGAGUGAUGAAGACAAUGACAGUGGGGUUGAAGAGAAGGCUGCGAAGGACAAGCGAGGCAAGCAGGAUAUCAAGAUCAGUAAAGUUGCCAGGAAAGAGGAAGGUGAAAGCUGUGGAAAGUUGGCAGAGUCGGACUGCAUGUUGCGGACAGAGCACCCGGGGUUGACCCCUCCAGUGAAUGAGUACGAAGAGGACACCUCGGAUGAAGAGGAUAUCCGGAAUACCGUGGGUAAUAUCCCUAUGGAAUGGUACCAAGACUAUCCACACAUAGGAUAUGAUCUAGAUGGAAGGAAAAUCUACAAACCAAUCCGAAAUAAAGAUGAACUGGAUGAAUUUCUGGAUAAAAUGGAGAAUCCGGAUUACUGGCGUACUGUUCCAGAUAAGAUGACCGGCACUGACAUCCGGCUUACAGACGAACAAAUAGACCUUGUGCACCGGAUACAGAAGGGACAGUUUGGAGAUGCUAAGUUUGAUCCAUAUCAGCCUUCCAUUGAUUUCUUUACCCAUGAGACGAUGAUUCACCCUGUGACCAAUCAUCCAGCUCACAAACGCAGCUUCAUUCCAUCGCUCAUCGAGAAGGAGAAGGUGUCGAAGCUUGUACAUGCAAUAAAAAUGGGCUGGAUCAAACCUCGCAAGCCACGCGAUGACACACCGCAGUACUAUGACCUGUGGGCAAAGGAAGAUCCUAAUGCAAUCCUAGGUCGGCAUAAAAUGCAUGUUCCUGCACCAAAGCUGAAGCUCCCGGGACAUGAAGAGUCUUAUAACCCCCCACCUGAGUAUUUAUUAACGGAGGAAGAGAGACUGGCCUGGGAACAGCAGGAGCCUGAGGAGCGGAAGCUCAACUUCCUCCCGCAGAAAUUUUCAUCACUGCGCACCGUGCCGGCGUUUCCACGCUUCAUCCACGAGCGUUUCGAGCGGUGUCUCGAUCUCUACCUCUGUCCACGACAGCGGAAGAUGAGGGUGAAUGUGGACCCAGAAGAUCUGAUACCAAAACUUCCCAAGCCGAAGGAUCUGCAGCCAUUCCCAACCACUCAAGCACUGGUGUACAUGGGACACACAAACUUGGUGCGGUGCAUCAGCGUUUCUCCCAGUGGCCAGUGGCUGGCAUCAGGUUCAGAUGACCACACGGUUCGCUUCUGGGAGGUUUCCACAGCCCGCUGCAUGAAGACCAUUGAGGUGGAAGGGGCAGUGAAGAGCAUUGCUUGGAACCCUAACCCUAUUCACUGUCUCGUAGCAUUGGCUGUUGAACAGUCAAUUAUCAUCGUCAAUCCCUGUCUGGGUGAUAAGUUACUGUAUAACGCCACCGACCAGCUAAUCGCAUCGUUUCAGAAGCCAGAGGAGGAGCCUCCCCAGCCCGUGGAGUGGAUGGCUGCUGAGGGAGAGAUGUUUGAUGCAGGAUUCCGACUGAUCAUCAAGCACAACAAGCUGGUGAAACAGGUGACCUGGCACGGCAAGGGCGACUACUUGGCCUCCGUUAUCCCAGAGAACGGCAACGCGCAGGUCCUCAUCCACCAGAUGAGCAGGCGCCAGAGUCAGAACCCCUUCCGCAGGAACAAGGGCUUGGUGCAGUGUGUCCGUUUCCACCCCAUCCGGCCCUUCUUCUUCGUGGCCACGCAGCGUUACAUCCGGGUGUACAACCUCCUCAAACAGGAGCUCGCCAAGAAACUGAUGACCAACUGCAAGUGGGCGUCGAGCAUGGCCAUUCACCCUGGGGGUGACAACGUGAUCUGUGGAAGUUAUGACAGUCGCCUGGCCUGGUUCGACCUGGAUCUCUCCACCAAGCCUUACAAAGUGCUCAGGCAUCACAAGAGAGCUUUGCGAGGUGUCGCAUUCCACAAACAUUAUCCACUCUUUGCCUCAGCAUCUGACGAUGGCACGGUCAUUGUCUGCCAUGGAAUGGUUUACAGCGACCUGCUCCAGAACCCACUGAUCGCGCCCGUGAAGCUACUGAGGGGCCACGAAAUCACGCGGGACCUGGGCGUGCUGGACGUCAUCUUCCACCCCACCCAGCCCUGGGUCUUCUCCGCGGGAGCAGAUGGCACCAUCCGCCUCUACACCUAGUGCUUCCCCCCCAGCACCAGCUCCUCCCCCAGGAUGUUCCGACUUCACAAACUCAUCUGCUCUUGCCCUUGUACCCGGGGGGGGAGGAGGGAGAGAGACGGGACUGGUUAAUGGGGGGGGGGCAGUAAACGGCUCAGAAGACCAGGAGCUGGAUGUGAGGCAGUGCUGCAGCCCUUUCCUCAGUUACACAGGGACAGACGGACCCAUCCUGCUGUGUGUCUUCUCAGGAUGCACCCUCACAGCCAUGGACAGAAUCUUCAUUUCACAAGUGGUGUACACAGGCCUGAAGUCACUCCUGCCUUUUGCACACAAUGCAGCCCGUUUGCUUUCACUGACCUUAAACUGAUGGGAGUGCUACCCGUCCUUGGCUGGACACUACUGGUACGUCACACAUGGCGCAGCGAGACACCACAGUUGCCAAAAUGUGGUUCUGAUUAAACUACCCUGAGUAAAUCCACUGAAAUGUUUCCGUUAAACACUUUCUAGAGCUCGUGCCUGUUUCAAUAAGCAGAGUCUGUGGUGGAUUCCAGCUUGCCUGAACCCUUGAGGUUGGAAGAUUCAAAAAGGCACCAGAGUCUGACUGCAAAUCCCUUCCCCUCCUGCCAGGGUCAGAGACAGGAGGGGACUAAUGAACUUGGGCCACUCUCUCUCUCUGCAGAAACAAACACCCAAACUGCCAUCUUUGUGCUCCCAGGAGCUGAGGUUACUCCAGUUUCUUCAGGUUAUUUGCCUAAAGCUGAUUAAAUAAAUUUCAAUUCAUCAGCUGCAAGAGCAAGUUCACGUUGUAGCCAAAACUAACUGUGAACUGUGGCUGUAAGGUGGGGUGAGGCUCGUGUGUCAACCCUGCUCGGGGCAACAACUUCAGCCUCUCUGACCUUGAAGGUGUGAGGGCUGCAACCAUCUGAAAUGUCAGUUGAUGAGAGCACAAGACACACACUGUUUGUGAAAUGAAUAUAUUUAGACCAGAUAUACAUUUUAAAUCUUUGUAUAAUUUGUCCCACAUAUUUUCUGAUUUACAUUGAUGCUGCAAUCAGCCAGUUUAUUAUUAAAGAUAUUUCUGUACCA